GAAUUAGUGACCAGAAUUGGAGGUAAUAAUAGGGUUACUAAAAAGAGAAAGAGAAAUAGUAUAGUAUUAUUAUUAUCAAGCGGUGUGGCAGUCUCUUCCUUAUCUUCUUCUCCGGUUCAUCCUGUCUUCCUCUCUUGAAGCUCGAGCCCCCACCCGUCACGAGCCCCUGCUUUCCAAAACCACAACAAGAUUCAUCUAUUCUAUUACUCCUCCUACUUUUAAACACCCAAUCUCCUCUUCAUUUCAUCCAUCUUUCUCCAACCAAUUGACACAACAACAAUCUCUACAUACCAAACCAAACCCUAAUCACUUAAACUCUCAAAAACCAUGAAGAGAGGUCGUGAGCGUAAGAAAGAAACCAAAACCUCAUCAUCAAGUCCUCCAGCAAAGCCAAAAGAUCUAACCCAGACGUUGCCAGAUUCCGGAGGAAUGGACGAGCUGUUGGAAGUAUUGGGUUACAAGGUCAAGUCAACGGACAUGGCUGAUGUAGCUCAGAAGCUUGAGCAGCUUGAAAUGGUGAUGGGUGAAGAUGGGGUUUCACAGCUGGCUGAUACUGUUCAUUACAACCCGUCUGAUCUUUCGGGUUGGUAUCAGAGCAUGCUUUCUGAGAUUAACAACACCGGUUCGGAUGUUGUUUCGUCUUCUGCUGAUUUUGAUAUCACUCUUCCUGGCGAUGCGUCUACUACCAUGAUUGAUUUUUCCAAUAAUAAUGUAACUAAUGGGCAGCAGACAAGUAAUAUGUACGAUGAUGAUCCGUACGACUUGCGUGCGAUUGCCGGGGGAGCUAUUUACGGCAUUAGCUCCACCGACGAGUCGUUGGAGGGUAGAAAUGGAAUUAAGCGAAUGAAAUCCGCUGGAUCUGAUGAAAUAAUUGAUGUACCACCCGAGUCACCACGCCCAGUGGUGCUUGUGGAUUCACAAGAAGCCGGUAUACGAUUAGUGCACACGCUGAUGGCGUGUGCUGAAGCCGUACAACAAAAUAACAUGAAACUUGCGGAUGCUCUGGUCAAACACGUCGGGAUUUUGGUGGCGUCGCAGGCCGGAGCGAUGGCCAAAGUCGCCAGGUACUUUGCCAGCGCUCUGGCUCAGCGAAUUUACAAGAUCUACCCUCGAGAGUCGCUUGAGGAUUUACAUAUGCAUUUUUACGAGAGUUGUCCGUACCUCAAAUUCGCUCAUUUCACGGCGAAUCAAGCGAUCCUGGAAGCGUUCGCGGGCGCGACACGCGUCCACGUCAUCGAUUUCAGUUUAAAUCAAGGUAUGCAAUGGCCAGCGCUUAUGCAAGCGUUGGCCUUGCGUAACGGCGGUCCACCGGCUUUUCGUUUAACUGGGAUUGGACCGCCGCAACCGGAUAACACUGACGCUUUACAGCAAGUCGGAUGGAAACUAGCUCAAUUAGCCGACACGAUUGGAGUUGAAUUCGAGUUUAGAGGUUUUGUGGCUAAUUCGUUGGCGGAUAUCGACGCUGGUAUGCUCGAUAUCCGCCCAACGGAUGAGGAAGUGGUGGCGGUGAACUCGGUUUUCGAGCUUCACCGCCUCCUUGCACGGCCAGGGGCCGUUGAUAAAGUGUUGAAUUCUAUGAAAGAUAUGAAACCCAAGAUAGUGACUAUUGUGGAACAGGAAUCGAAUCACAACGACGCCGUUUUUCUAGACAGGUUUAACGAGGCGUUACAUUACUACUCAACAAUGUUUGACUCGUUGGAGAGUUCCGCGUUGACUCAGUCGAACAGUCUAGAUUUGGAGAUGUCGGAAGUGUAUUUAGGUCGCCAGAUAUGUAACGUGGUGGCUUGUGAAGGUACCGAACGAAUCGAACGGCAUGAGACGCUGACUCAGUGGCGAACUCGGAUGAACUCUGCCGGGUUUAACCCGGUGCAUCUUGGAUCCAACGCGUUUAAACAAGCGAGUAUGCUUUUGGCUUUGUUCGCGGGCGGCGAUGGGUACAGGGUGGAAGAAAACGACGGGUGCUUGAUGCUGGGGUGGCACACUAGACCAUUGAUUGCAACUUCAGCUUGGCAACCUGGCAGUGUGGUUGAAACGUGAAGUGAGUCCUCUCGGAGAACGAGUUGCUGAACUCAGUGUCGAGUUUGGACGGUGGAAUGGGAGACAUGGAUCGAGGGUCAAAUCAAGUCCUUUCGCAAUUUACAUUUUAGACACCCAAGUCAGCUUUUUUAAGCUUUUUCCCACUACUAGUUGUUGCCUGUUUAAACGGGGAGUACUGUGUACUGGUGUUAGUGGUUUUUUUUUUGUUGAUAUUUUUUUUACUUUCAUUUGAAUAAAAUUCAGUGCGAGUGUUUAAAAUUCAGUGCGAGUGUUUACAAAAUGUGUUGCUGCUACUUGCUAGCCUAUAUGUAACACUUUUAGAGGAGAAUUUAUUUCAACAAUGAUGACUGUUUUUCUUCGA